CUAGCGGGUUGGAAAGCUUCUCCUCCUAUGUCGUUAACCGAUGCUGCCUUUAAGGAGGCCAUCGCACGCGACUUCAAAUUCGCACUCAGACGAAUACCUUAUCUCAACACCGUUACAAGAGGAAGGAGCUCGAGGGAAUUUGGUACCGAUCCUGGCUGGGCUCCUAAAGACGGUUGCUUGCCGAGCAAUCUAGGCAGCCUUGAGAGAAGCGAAAGCCGACUAAUGAGUUGGUACUACCCCUCUAAGCAUCGUUCGACAACGCGCGGUCAACCCGCAAACAGUAGCUGCUCGUACGCUCAUGUAAACUACCGCGAGCCGCAGCGGACUCUUAGCACUACGAAGUCGCUACCUUCCUUGACACCCACAUACGCUUCCCCUGACGACCAUAGUGUCUCACAACGUGGCAACAGUAGCUUGAUACGGCCCGCAGCCUCUACUGCUCACAGCUACGUACACUCUGGACUCGGCAGACCCAAACUUGCUGUUACUCUAUCGAACGGAAGACCUCAUCGUACUAAACUCGAUGACGACGGUAUUUCUGUGAUUCGCUCGGUGACUUCAUCGGGUAUUGGUAGUUACCCCACAGGAAUUUCGGAAGUCUUCCCACACCAUUCGGCCAGCAAUGUUGGAUCCCUGUCUUCAGCGAAAGGCAGCAGCCGCUUGAAUACGACCAAUCGGCGCAACUAGCCGGCUUACUGAGAGUCUGCUAGAGAUUCAACUCUGAACACUUACCAUUACGGUCAGUUGGACUCAACACUAAACCCUGCGCAACGCACGGCGAAAGAGACAGCUGCACACAGUGAGAACUAUCAGAGACUGACUCAGAAAGAGACCAGGGAUGAGCAUAGAACUCCACAACGGCAAAAUACAACUCCCUAUAGGUGGGCGUGUUCAUGGUAUCAUCAACCUCAGACGGAAAUUCCCUACCCAGUAAGCGCCCGGUCCCAGAGACGACGGCGGCUGUAGCGAGCCCAGGCCACUCCAGCACUCACGGCGGACACUAAUUGGGCCAUUCAGUGCUGCUGCAUUGAAGUAACGUGACGAGAUAUUAGCGAUAUUAGCGUUGCUGCU